GGCCUUCGGGGGCGGGGCCUUCGGGGGCGGGGCCGACGUGGGGCGGGCGUCCGCGAGAGAGCAACCGCGGCGGUUUUCCCGGCGUGCGCCUCCGCGCCGCACAGCUCCUCCCUCCUCUGCCUACCACUGAGUUUGCUGGAUGAUCAAGGGGGUUCCAAGGCAGCCCAGGAAAAAGCCUCCACAGCAAGCAGCACUUCCUUGCCUGUCCAGACCAGGAAAUAACAGAGCCCUGAGUCUGGCACCCUGGCCAUGUGCAGCCCUGAGGAGGCAGCCCUGCUGCGGCUGGAGGAGGUCUUCUCAGCUACGCUCGCACGCAUCAACAGCUUUGUCCUCCAGCCCCUUCUGGAGGCCGCUCCAGAGCCCUCAGAUCCCUGGGGCAGAGAGUGCCUACAGCUCCUGCAGCAGCUGCACAGGAGCUCCCAGCAGCUGUGGGAGGUGACGGAGGAAAGCCUGCACUCAUUGCAGAAGAGGCUGCGCCACCCGGACUCCAUCAGUCUGGAAUCCCUGCUGCUGCUGCACAGCGCUGACCGUGUCCUGCAGGUCCACCUGGAGUACCUCGAGUCCUACACAAGCUGCGUGGCAGUGCAGGCCUUUCAGAAGGCAGUAAAGAGGAGAGAGUACUGGCAGGGCCAACGGAAGGCGCUGCAGCAGCUCCUGUCGGGCAUGAACUCAGAGGGCUCGGUGGGCACAGCGCUGGUCCAUGCCCUCUGCCAGCCACUCACCCAUCAUGUGCAGCAGUACGUGCUCCUCCUGCUGAGCCUCGGGGACACUGUUGGGGAGCGUCACCCCGCCCGGGAGCUGUUGGUGCACGCAGCCACAGUCUUUGGGAACUUGCAGUCCUUCAUGAGGCAGGAGCUGGACCAGGCCAUGGCCACACAGGCCCUCUGGCACACUCUGAGCAGCCGGCUGAGGGAUGUGCUCUGUACCCCCGCUCGCCGACUCUUGCAAGACAGCCAGGACAUACCUGUGACGGUCACCCCGCUGAGGGCAGAGCGUGUGCUGCUCUUUGAUGAUGCCCUUGUCUUGCUACAGGGCCACAGUGUCUACACCUCUGAUCUGAAGCUGGUGUGGGUGGAACCUGGGCAGGACGGGUGCAUGUUUCACCUCCUCACGCCUGAGGAAGAGUUCUCCUUUUGCUCCAAGGACCCGCAGGGCCGGCAGUGGCCUGUCCUAUGUUUCCCUGUCCCCCCGCAGGUGGCCUGGCAGUGGAAGGUUACCCAGGCUGUGUGCCAGACCUUGCGUGGGAAGAAGGACUUCCCGGUGCUGGGGGCGGGCCUGGAGCCUUCUGAACCCCCCACCUGCCGCUGUGGAGCAUACACCUUCCGUGCGGAGGGCCGCUUCAGCCAGGCCACCUAUGAGGGCGAGUGGUACUGGGGCAGGCCCCAUGGCAAGUCUGGUGGGUCUGGUGCCCAUGGACCUGAUGCCCGUGGACCUCGACUGUGUUCCAGGGGAACCCUGAAGUGGCCAGACGGGCGGAAUCAUGUGGGGGAUUUCUGCCAGGGCCUGGAGCACGGCUUUGGCAUCCGCCUGGUGCCCCAGGCCUCCGAGGAUAAGUUUAACUGUUACAAGUGCCACUGGCAGGAAGGCAGCAUGUGCGGCUAUGGCAUCUGUGAGUACAGCACCAGCGAGGUGUACAAGGGCUACUUUCAGGAAGGCCUGCGGCAUGGAUUUGGGGUCCUUGAGAGCACCCCGCAGACCCCUCAGCCCUGCAGGUACACGGGCCACUGGGAGAGGGGCCAGAGGAGUGGCUAUGGCAUCGAGGAGGACGGCGACAGGGGUGAGCGCUAUAUUGGCAUGUGGCAGGCUGACCAACGCCAUGGCCCAGGGGUCAUGGUCACCCAGGCAGGUGUCUGCUACCAGGGGACCUUCCAGGCAGACAAGAUGGUGGGCCCAGGGAUCCUUCUCUCUGAAGACGACUCCUUGUAUGAGGGCACCUUCGCCAGGGACCUGACCCUCGUGGGGAAGGGCAAGGUCACCUUCCCUAAUGGCUUCACCCUGGAGGGCUCUUUUGGCAGUGGGGCAGGGAGAGGACUGCAUACCCAGGGUGUGCUGGACACAGCUGCCCUCCCUCCAGAUCCAGGCAGUACCCGCAAGAGGCAGCUGGGCCUGGGCGUCUUCCCCGUGGAGAACCGCUGGCAGGGCGUCUAUGGCCCCUUCCAGGACUUUGUUCAAGCUGGCUGCCCUGGAGACCUGCAGGAGGCCCUGCUGGGCUUCCACGUGCAGAGCUCAAGGGAGCUGCGCAAGUCCCAGGAGUACCUGUGCUGCGAGAGGACCCACCCCGAGGACCACGCCGGCAGAAUGGAGGACAUCCUGGAGGAGCUGCUGCAGCACCGGGCGCCCGAGGCCCUGCAGCAGUGCCUCAGGAAGGCCCUGAACAACUCUCUGCAUCCCCUGGGAAAGCUGCUCCGGACUCUGAUGCUGACCUUCCAGGCCACAUACUCAGGCAUUGGGGCCAACAAGCACCUGCAGGGGCUGGCGCAGGAGGAGGUGAAGCAGCACGCCCAGGAACUCUGGGCCGCCUACAGGGGUCUGCUGCAGGUUGCCUUACAGUGCAAGGGCCAGGCCCCAGAGGAAGAUGAAGAUGCAGAGACAAGGGAACUGCAUGUGCACAGGUUGGUGCUACCCCUUGUCCUGCCCAGCUUCUACUCGGAGCUCUUCACGCUCUACCUGCUUCUUCAUGAGAGGGAGGACAGCCUCUACAGCCAGGGCAUUGCCAACCUUAGCCUCUUCCCCGACACCAAGCUGCUUGAGUUCCUGGACGUACAGAAGCACCUGUGGCCCCUCAAGGACCUCACGCUGACGACCAAUCAGAGAUACUCCCUGGUCAGAGACAAGUGCUUCCUGUCAGCCACGGAAUGUCUGCAGAAGAUGAUCACCACGGUGGACCCCCGGGAGAAGCUGGAGGUGCUGGAGAGGACAUAUGGGGAAAUUGAGGCCACUGUGUCGCGGGUGCUCGGCCAGGAGCACAAGCUGCCCAUGGACGACCUGCUGCCGCUGCUCAUCUACGUGGUGUCGCGUGCCCAAAUCCAGCACCUGGGAGCCGAGAUCCACCUGAUCCGUGAUAUGAUGGCCCCUAUCCACACAGGAGGCCUGUAUGACUUCUUGCUCACGGCCCUGGAGUCCUGUUACGAGCACAUCCAGAAGGAGGACAUGAGGCUGCAUCGCUUGCCCAGCCGCUAGAACUCCAGGGAACCGUGGUAGCUCAGCUUCUCCUGGACAAACCGCAGAGCUGAGAGGGGCCACCGUGGAAUUCCCGUGGAGUGAGCGUGGCCCAGUCUGGCCCUUGUGGCCCACAGGACAGAAGGCAGGAUGAGCCCUGGAGGUGGCUCUUGGAGGAGAUGAGCGUUUAAUUUCUCGCAGGGAGAUGCUGCUGCUGUCCUGACUGGGAGGAGGGUGAGGGCGAUGGGUGUGGCCCCAGAGCUGGUGGUUUCCCCUCCCCUGCCCCCUGCCACUCUCUAGGCCAGCCUCGGAUGACCUUUUUGACCUGCAGCAGCUCAUGGACUGGGGACAAGGAGCCCCUGGCUUCUCCUUGCCUCAUCCUUGCCUCCAAGUUAUUGAGCCUCUCUGGGCUUCAGUGUUGCCAUCUGUAAAAUGGUGGACUACAUGGUCUGUAAAGGGCCUUCCAUCCAUCUUGCUGACUUCUGGCAUCCUUCCAAGAGACACCUGGAGCCAGGUAACCACCUGCCGUGUGGGUGCCUGGGGAGGCUGAUGGAGAUGGCCACCUGCGGGCAGGCGAGUCCCCGCUCCAGUGAUGGCCUCCCCCGGCUGCUGCAGGAGCCCCUUCGCUGCAGUGAGAGCACUGGUGUCCACUCUGUGAGUCUGGUUGGGAACCAGGAACUCUCGCGCCUCGGGUGAUCCAGCUGACGUCAAAAGCAGCCUCUGUCCUCCGUCCUUCUGGUCCCCAUCUCUUCUUCAGGAUGAGGAUUCUGCUUUCAGCAGUGAUCGUGAGGAAGUGGUAAAAUUCUUCACAAUCAAUCUCAAUCAGGACUUCAUGAUCACCAGGGCCUGAGAGGAGAGAGGCCAAGGGAGAUGCUUUUCACUGACGGCAUUCUGACAGGCUACAAAAAGCCACACUGGCCCUGCCCUCAAGGGCCUGGACUUGGGGCUGAGAAAGACAGAGACACCUGAGAGUUAUUAAAUGGCCUCUCAGUGAGCAGAUGUGUCCGAGUCACACGCCCCAACCCCCCACUUUUCUCCCCCAGUGCAGCCCUGGUCCUGCAUGCAGUCUCUCAUGCAACCUCUCAACCCCUGCUUCCCCCCCCACCCUUUACUUCCCUUCAACAGUCAAACCUAUCAGCUGCCACCUCCUGCUCUCCAGCUCCUGCCCCUCCUUGUUCUGUCCCCUAGAAAUGUCCUCCUCCAGUCCCACUGGGUCGCAGGCUGCUCCAUCCUCGCAGGCCCAGCUCUCAUGAAGCCCCGUGUCCCAGGGCGGGAGUCUCCCCGCUCCCCAGCCCUUCUCCAGGGCCCCUUCCCCGGCCUCAUCACGUUACUGGUGUGUGACUGGUGGGUGCCUGCUUCCCCCCAGUUCACCAGGCACACAGCUCACUGUACUUGCUUGGCCGAGAGAAGGGGGAACCGGAUCCGAGUUCUGACCAAGUCUCUGUUUAUUCAGACCACCCCUGAGGGUGCUGGGAGCUAGUGCACAGUCUGGGCAGCCCCUUGCCCACUGCAGCCCCAGAGAAGGCUGGAAGGAGUUGAGGUGGGGGUGAGAGAGCAGUCAGAGCAAUGCUGUGUAACCCGAGCAGGGACCUGAGUGAGGGCCACAUGGCCUCAGCUGUUGGGGCUCCCAGAGGGAUGGCUGCUUACUGUGGGGUCAGCGAAUGGCAGGGACUGCCCUCCUGUGGGCACUGGGGAAGGGAUAAGUUCAGGGUUAGGGUCAAGGUCAGAGUCAGGGUCAGUGUCAGGUUAGGGUUAGGGGUUAGGAUUGAAGUAAGAGUGAGAGUCAAGGUCAGGUUCAGGUCAGCUCAGGGUCCUAGUGCAGGUCAGGGCUUUCCUGGUUGGCUUGGUCAAGAGUUGUGCAGAAGUGAGCUCUGGCUUUUAUCUCACUGUGAGCAAGAACCAGGGAUGGGGACCAGGCUGCCAAGGCCUUGACCUGUCCAUGACCUCGGCCAAGUCCUUCCCCUAACUGGGUCCUCUGCGCUGUGUGUAAGGAAGGUUGCUGCUAGGCACUAUUGUUCUGCCAUCUAGGAAGGAGGAGGAGACCUGGAGCGGAGGAACAUAUGUUCUGCUCCUGGAGAAACACAGGACUGAGCGGCUAGGUCAGGAUGGGAACUGAACCCAGACAGCCUCACACCAGAGCCCAAGCUCCACCUGGGGGGUGAGCUGGAGCCCAGGAGUCGGGGCCACCUCCCCUCUCCCCACAUGCACAGGAGGUGCCUCGAGAUGGGCAAGUCUUUCCCAAAGCCACCUCUGCAUGUGCCCCUGGAUGAGGCCUGCCCCCUCAGAUCCAAGGGGGGCUGGCAAGAGACCAGGAGAGGGGGAGGUGGUCCCAUCAGCAGGACCAGGUUGGGGGUGACAGAUCCAGCAAUUAGUUCAGUUUAGAGCACUAGCUGUGGUCUGGAGGAAGCACACAAGAGAAGUUUGGUUUUGUUCUUGUUUUGUUCUGACAGUAGAGGGAGACCACAGGGCACCAGCAGUAAUAAGAUGACGUUGAGGGAGAUCAUAUCAGCAACUAGAAAAUUAAUCUUAUUUUGUCAUUUUGGUGGAGGCCAUCCUGCCUCCCGAGUCAAUAGUCCUCAGUUCAGAGUGUCCCGAGAGUGGGUGUCCAGGACUUAGAUCGAAGGCAGUGGUGAUGGUCUGGGACGAGGUUGCCAAAGCAUUCUGAGAUGACAGGCUGGUCCAGGUGUCCUGCAGGUGAGAGCCAAGUCGCUAACGCCCCCCUCCCCAAUGUCUCUGACCUUCGGGAGUCCGAGGUGCUCCUUCCCCACCAGCGGAGCAGCUGUCCUUUCACGGCUGCACGGUCAGUAUAUGUAUGACCUGUCCCUGCAGCACCGGGACUUGACCCUUUUAGAAGUCCUCGCCAUUUCUUACUCUGGCUGGAUUCAUCCCUGGGAGAUUCCUAUGUGGCAUCCCAGAACGUGGUGGCCAUGCUGGCAGGACCACCUUAGGAGUUGUCAUCUCAUACUCAUGCUCGUUAUCAGCAAUGUCCACAAUUGCCUGAUCCAGCAAGCAUAGGCAUGAGGUAAGGGAAGCCCCAGGCUUGUCAUCUCAGAAUGUUUUGGCAACCUCAUCCCAGACCAUCACUACUGCCUUCAGGAAACCAGGCUACGGGACCUGUGGGUGGCAGAGCAGAGCUGAAGGUGGGCACAGGAGGGGAAAAGGGAAGCGGGAGAAGGCGCAUUACAUGAAAGGUCCCAUGAGUGCCAGAUACUUGUCUGCUGUUGGCACUCGUGACCAUGAGGCUGGCAUCACUGUCUGACUAGAUGUGUUCAGGGAGUUCAAAUAUGUAGCAGCACAUUUAGGAGUUCUCAAAUGGUAUGGCCUGCAUUUGCUCUGCAAGUGGGAAUUGUUGUGUUGUACCCAGAAAGGGUAUCACUGUAGUCAACACCCAGUGGUACCCCUGGGACAAGGGUAAAGGAUUUCUAGAGUCUAUUUGCCAGGACUGGCCGGGUCUAGUGCACUGGACCGUGCACCCCAGAGUUCUCUUUGUCACUUGCUGGUGGAGCUGCCAGUCAGGCACAUUAGCCAGGCCUCCUUGGCCUCAGGUGCUGGCAUUGCCAGGCUUUGAUCUAUGGCUUGAUUGCCAUGCCCUUUGUGAUGAUGUAUCCAGGUGGCUGUGGUCUUUACCUGUGUGAUGAAGAAUUGGUCAGCAUGUCAGUUCCACUGAUGUUCAUUGCCAAAGCAUCCUUUUCCAGGGGUCAUGGACAGAGUGCAUGGGUCCUGUGCAGUCUGCUGCCACAGUGUUUGUCCCUAAGGGGCUGGGAUUCGAUCCAGGUUGUUCGGUUGUCAGGUGCUACACUGAUGUCCAUUGGCUACUGGCUGCAAGUUGGUGAAAAUGUAACAAGAUGUGUUCAGGGGGUGUCUUCCAGGACAAGCACCAGUCUGCAUCUCUGUCCACGGGCAGAGUUUUUUCCUUUCCGCAUGCUUUGGCUUUUUCCUGUGGCUCCCCAGCCACAGUGGACUGUUUAAUAUAACUGGUCUGACUGUGCAUCGGGCCCAGGCAUCCUCUGGGACCUUGGUGUACUGAAAACCCCACGUCUGAGGGUCACCCAUUCACACAGGUGAGAGAGUCGAUUGAUGGCUGGUUUACUCCUUUCUUGGAUGUACCAGUUUCAUUUAAUAACAGGUGCUUGCUGGGCAGGGCCCACUUUAUCCCAUAACAGAUGUGCCGGGGAGGAGCAACACAGGGGAGCUGGUCUCUCAUGGUCCACCUAUGCCCAGUUAGAAGCCAAGUUAAUUGGCCCUCACAUGGGGUAUGCUGAGCCGUGACUGUCAGGCAACUGCCACUCAAAACACCAGGGGUCGCCUUUGCUGCGUGUCAACUUCCUUCUGCCCCAGGCUUCAGGUUGCAUAUCUCAGUCCCCCACACUGUCAUUGGAAAGGCUCUUUAGGACAAAUUGGCCUGAGCGGGAGGCAGUCUGUACAGCCUGCUGGUUGCUUUCUUUAAGCACUUCUGCGUCCACAGCUCUUUAGUUGGUGUGUGGUGAUCUCCUUCCCCGUCCACCCUUGUCUUCUAAACUGCUUUACUGCCACCACGUGGCUGGGCCGGGGAGCCUGGAGGGUACCUGCUGGGCACCAGUCCCAAUGUCACUGUCCUAACUGUGGCCUUUCCCCAACGGCAGCAUCCCUCACAGUAAGGAGAAGUAGUUCUCAUCCUAAAACCUCUAUUUCCACAAGGCAUUAUUCAGCAGGGUCAGCUACCUGGGUGUGUGGAAUGUCCACCAAAUGAAACAACACAGGUUAGUUUCAAGCACGUGGUAGGGCCAGUGUUGGCUGAAACGGCACCUUUGUAACCUAAAAAGAACAGCCUAAAGCACUAUCCUUGCCUGGAGAGGAGCGGCCAGAGAUCUCAUCAGGAGCAUAUAGGGCCACAGCCCCGUGGAGUGUGGCUUUUUUCCCUGUUAAGACAACCUUCUGACUGGAGUUACAAAUCCAGCACACAGUGAUAGCGUCUGUAUCAGAAACAUAGGUUCCUCCACCUUGUGAGGGACGGCAGUUCUUUUCUUGAUGCCCGAGGGAGGCACCCCCUUCUCAGAGUUCUGGGUUCCUUCCCCAUAGGGCCCGUCUUCCAAGUUUCUAUGUUUUCAUAUCUUUAGCCUCCCCCAUUUCUUCCUCCAGCCCUAGGGAGAGGAAGCUGCUUUAUAUAACUGAGCAUUCUUUUUUUUUGCCUUUUUAGUUCUUCAGUUGCUGGGUGUGGUAGGCAGAAUAAUUGUCCUCCGAAGAUGUCCACAACCUAAUCCCUGGAAGCUGAGAAUAGGUCACCUUAUAUGGCAGAAGGGACUUUGUAAAUGUGGUUAAGUUGAGGACCUUGCGACGGGGAGCUGAUCCUGGGUUAUCUGGGUGGGUUCAAUCUAAUUAUGUGGGUCCUUAGAAGUUGAGGAGGGAGACAGAAGAGAAUCAGAGGGAGAUGUGACCACCGAGGAAUGGCCCGGGAGAUGCAGGAGUGGAGCACGGGAAUGUGAGAGCCUCUAGAAACUGGAAAAGGCAAAGAAAUGGAUUCUCUCCUAGAGCUUCCAGAAAGGAACACAGCCCAGUGAGAGCCGUGUUGGAUUUCUAACCUACAGAACUGAAAGAGAAUGCAUUUGUGUUGUUUCAAGUGACAAAAUUUGUGAUAAUUUGCUCUCGCAGCAAUAAAAAACACAUAACUGGUUAAUGCUCCUAUAUUAAAUUCUCUUUGUUAAUAUAACUGGUGAGGUUUCAUCCUCCCUGCCCUGGGCUAAUUCAGAGACUCCCUCCAACUCCCUCAUGCCCUGCAUGUUCCUGUCACUCCAGAUGGUGGGCAGUGUGAGCUCAGGGCAGAUCCCAUCUCUCCUACCUCUAUCUCUCAUGCUGAGUGGCUCUGACGUGCAGGAAAUUCUUCCCUCUGAUGAGCCUCUGUGUGUCUCUAAUCUUGUGUGUCCUAUAACUGGCCCCUGGAUGGCACAGACCCCACAGGAUUCCCAGGCUCCCAGGAAGCUAAGAUUCUAUUCCCUCCUUGCUUGUGACAUCUUCAACUUAUAAAGUACCCUGUCAUCAUGUAGGGCCUCCCCAGAGUUGGGGCUUUUGGCCCCAAACCCUCUUCAGUCUUUCACUUUAGGCCCUUCUGGUCACGUAGACCCAACUCACUCAGGGCAGGUAACAAACCACAUGCCCUCCAGUUCUCUCUCGUAAAAAGAGAUGGUGUAGCUUCCUCCACAGACCACAAAAACAAGCACCAGAUAAACUGAAUAGUUAAAAGGUAAAAAUAAAACUAACUAUAUUAGAAGAAGAGAUAGCAGAAUAAGUCCCCAAAUUAGUAUGCGAAAGAUCAUUUUAUUUAAGUAUGAGCAUGAACUCCUGUUGAUGCUGCCUAAUGGUUUUGGGGACCAAGUUAAAAUAGCAGACCACCUGGUAGACUGUACCAACUAUCAGUGCAUAAGCUAGAAAAUUCAUUCAAGAAGUGGAGGGUAAAAUGAAGUUCUUGUACAUGUAAAUAGACAAUAGAUUUAAUGUUGGUGAGCAGAAUAUCCAAGAUGACCUUGAAGUUUCAGGAACUGUUGACUGAGCAUGGCUGUGCCCCUGGUAUUACUAGAGCACAUAGAAAAAAAAAAACCUUUGUUAAUUGAGAAAGAGAAAUUA